UUCCAAUUCCGUUAGAAUGAAUGAAUCCUAUCUUUCCAUACAUAAAGGAAUCAACAGCCAUGUAACAGAUUGUUAUUACCUGUCAUUCUAAUCAUUCCCCUAUAUAUGUGUGUAUUUAUAUCACAAAAACAUACCCCGAGAGAGAGAGAGAGAGAGAGAGAGAGAGAGAGAGAGCACUUCUAAAAUGGCUUCCUCUUUGUCUGUUUAUCUUCUUGUACUGGUGUUGGGUGGGGCUCUGCAGGCAUCUGUAGAUGGCCACCUCAGCCAUGAAAUCUUAGCCCGACAAAAGGCCGAUCGAGUCAAAAAGCUUCCCGGGCAGCCUGAGGUCGGGUUCAGGCAAUAUGCAGGCUAUGUUACAGUCAAUGAAAGCCAUGGAAGAGCACUGUUUUAUUGGUUCUUUGAAGCCACCCAAAACCCUCAUCAGAAGCCUCUCCUCCUAUGGCUCAAUGGAGGACCAGGAUGUUCAUCCAUUGGGUUUGGAGCCACUGAGGAACUUGGCCCUUUCUUCCCUAGAAAGGACGGAAAGCUAAAGUUCAAUCCUCACACUUGGAACAAAGCUGCAAAUUUAAUAUUUGUUGAAUCUCCGGUGGGGGUUGGAUUUUCCUACACCAAUACAAGUAGCGACAUUGAUCAACUUGGGGACACAAUUACAGCAAAGGAUUCCUACGCCUUUCUCAUCCAUUGGUUCAAAAGGUUCCCACAAUUCAAACCCCAUGAUUUCUACAUCGCUGGAGAAAGUUACGCAGGGCACUAUGUUCCUCAACUCGCCGAAGUUAUUUACGAUCAUAACAAGCAUGUUUCCAAAAAGCUUCAUAUAAACUUAAAGGGAUUCAUGAUCGGGAAUGCGUUAUUGGACGACGACACGGAUCAGAGGGGUAUGGUGAGUUACGCAUGGGAUCAUGCGGUGAUAUCGGAUCGUGUGUUCUUUGACAUCAAGAAAGCUUGCAACUUCAGCGCGGAACCAGUCACCGAAGAAUGCAAUAUUGCUCUCGGCAAAUACUUCGAUGUUUACGAGAUCAUAGACAUGUACAGCUUAUACGCUCCUACUUGUGAGGAUGAUGCCACCUCCUCCACCACCUCCUUCGUCGCUAGGCAGCUGCCUCUCAUCCGUGGCAAUGUCGCUCCCAAAACAUUUUCCAAAUUUCCAGCGUGGCAUAAGAGACCAACGGGGUACGACCCAUGUGCAUCCGACUACACCACGGUCUACUUAAACAGGCCAGAAGUUCAAGCAGCCCUUCAUGCCAAUGUCACCAACAUUCCCUAUCCAUGGACUCAUUGCAGCAACAACAUUUCAUUUUGGAACGAUGCCCCGGCUUCAAUCCUUCCCAUCAUCAAAAAGCUUGUAGACGGAGGCCUUCGCAUAUGGGUUUUCAGUGGUGACACCGACGGUAGAAUUCCGGUAUCCUCAACUAGAUUAACCUUGAGAAAGCUUGGAUUGAAAACUAUUCAAGAGUGGACUCCAUGGUACACCAGCCACGAGGUUGGUGGGUGGACAAUUGAAUAUGAUGGGCUGACGUUUGUGACAGUUAGAGGUGCUGGGCAUGAAGUUCCAACUUUUGCACCCAAGCAAGCUUUUCAACUAAUUAGGCACUUCUUGGACAAUGAGAAAUUGCCAUCUACACCUAUUUAAUUUUCUUUUCUUUUUCUUUUUUUCUAAUUUUCUUUUCAUUUUCCUUCUAAUUAAAAAAGAUAGUAAUAUGGAAUGUAGAUAUGAAAAUAAUGUCAGAAAUUUGGAAGUUUCCGAAUAAGAUAUUCCUACUUCUAAUCUGCCCA